AAAAAUCUAUUUAUCUUAAACAUUUUUAAUCAGGAGAAAAAAUACAGGUAAAAUCAAGCCCUAACAAGACCCCCCACAACUAUUCUCUUAACAAGGUUAUUGUUGAUAGUUAAUUAACUAAGGCUAAAAAGUCACAUGGUUCAAUAAGCUAUAAAUAAUCAACAUAGGUGAAAGGUCGGAUAAGAAAUACUGCAAAUUAAUUGGUCGAUUCAUGGUCUUGUAAACUUUGUGUAAUAUUGACUGGUCAGUGAGUAAUAGGUGGUCAUCUAAAUGGACAAGGAGAUAGAUAUGUGUGGGUCAGUGACAUUUUGAAGAAUUUAAAAGAUGCUUUUCUAAAUUAUGUAAUCCAGGUGUGAAUUCAGCAUCCUAUAAACUGAAGAGAUAAAUCUACAUUACUACAACUGGUUAUUGUUUUGAUGCAAGAUUGAUCACAAAUUGAUAUCGGAAGAAAAUUUGUUAAAAAAAGUUUGCAGUGAAAACUUUGACAUUCUGUUUAAAGAUAGUUCAAAUAGAGUCAAACUGGAAUCCUCAAUCGCUAUGCAAGAUCCUUAUUCCAUGAUGCAUCGAGAAGAGAGAUUUUUCAAGCCAUACAACCAGACAUCCUCAUCAUCGAGGUUUCCAAAUAUGCCAUCUUCAUCAUAUUAUGGCAUGCAUUAUCCCUCUCAUACCAUGACACAAAGUGACUUAGCUAAUAUGUCAUCAGGAUCUUUAGACUUUUCACAAUUUCAUCCUAGUGUUGAGGGCAUGAUGACAUUAUCAGGGUCUUCACAUACGAUGCCCAAUCCUAUUCCAGCACAUUCUUCAAAUAAUAUGUCAACUUUACCAGCUGACAAUCUGUCUCCUCAUAGCAUUCCAACAAGCUUGCCUCUUGGCCACAGUCACCAUCAAUCUGGCAGUCCACCAACUAUGGAUGUUUUAGAUGUUCUGAACUCUCAUAGAUCUAGUCCAAUAGAUGACAAAUCCGGUUUAAAAAAGGAAAUUGAAUAUAGCAAUGCAAAUGAAUUGUCAUCACCAUCAUCAACCACUAGUAAUCAUUCACUGUCCCAGCAAGAUGCAGCAAAUGCUGAUUGUGAUUCCGAGAAUGAUGGUUUUAGGAUGCCACCAAAGAAAAGGCAAAAUGUAAAUCAAGAGUCACAGAAAGAUAAUUGUUAUUGGGAAAAAAGGAAGAAAAAUAACGAGUCAGCCAAACGAUCUCGAGAGGCAAGAAGAAUGAAAGAGGAGCAAAUUGCAUUGAGAGUGGUGUAUUUGGAACAGGAGAACUUACAACUUCGAACAGAAGUUUCAUUACUUAAAGGAGAAAUAGAGAAACUAAGAUGUAUGCUGUACAAUCCAUGAUUUCUAAAAUCAUUACAACAUUUGUGUUCGAAUCAGUGUUCAUAAUGGCAACUAGAUUUCAUUCUGUCUUAUAUGGCACAAUGAAAUAAGACCUCAGGGUUAAACAGAUCAGGGUUAUAAACUGUGAUAUUUAUUUCUCAGGGAAACCAGAGAAUUGUUAAAAACCUCAAAUAUGAAUUACUCUUUUUAAACAAAGUGGAUCUACUAAACUAUGAUUUGGUGGCAAUACCAAACAGAAUAUAUAUGUACAAAAGAAUUAUUUAUUGACACUGUAUUAGUGCUUUUAAAAUAAAUUUCCACUUUUUAAAAUCUGACAUUUCAGCACAGUUAUUUUCCUUGUUAAAUGUUUUUAACUUGAUGAAUAGCUAUAAGAUGAAGAAGGGUAAAAUAUUUGUUGUAAUUUUAGAGAUAUUUUUAUUGUUGAAUAUUUACCCGGUUAUCCAUGUUGAUUGUUAUUCCUUUAAUAAUUAUGUCAUAAAUUUUAAUAAUGUACAUAUUUCACAAUUUUGUAUUUUUUCUCUCAAUACUCUUUUAAAACAAUAAUAAGUCAUUUGAAUGUUGUUGUAUUUUUGAUAUUUGUUAAAAUCAUUCAUUCAUACUUUUGGAUUUUAACCAUUGACUUUUUAAUGUAAUUAAACAUCAAAUUAAAAAAAAAUCUCAUAUCAUCUCUUUUCUUUGUAAAAUACUUUCUUUUAAAUGCACAAUCUUUUAACCAGUUUUACUUCUGUCUUUGAAAUCCAUCUCCGCAUUUUUUUCUGUUCAGCACUAUAGUCCACUUCGUUGAGAAAAAAGGCAUUUACAAAUCAAUUUGCUCAGAUAUUAUAUUGCCUGAUCACUUGAAUAAAUAAUACUUUCACCAACAAAUCAUAAAUAUUUUUUUCUUAUUUUCUGUCUAAUGUUAUAAAUUUUAAAACUAUAAGUAUUUAUAUUUGACUCAAUAAUCAUGAUAACGCAUGUACUUAAGAUUUCUUUUUGGAUAUAUGUGGACAUAAAUGUAGCUCUUUAAAAAUGUUUUUCAAAUCAAUUUAAAUUUCAAUAAUAUAAAUGUAAUCAUACAGCAAUACCAUUUAAUUUAAUGACUAAAACCCGGUGUUAAUGAAGUAUUAUGUACAGGGUGUGUUUUCACACCAUUUUGUUUAGCAAUAUGUGUAUGACAUUUGAAUAUGCAAAUAAAUUGUUAACAAUC